AUGGUUGAGCACGGGAUAGUUCUGGGUCAUAUUGUAUCGUCUAAGGGCAUAGAAGUUGACAAGGCUAAAAUAGACAUUAUUUCUGCAUUACCUUACCCCGCGAGUGUGCGGGAGGUGCGCUCUUUUCUUGGGCAUGCAGGUUUUUAUCGAAGGUUCAUCAGGGACUUUUCAAAAAUUGGAGCCCCGUUGUUCCAACUCUUACAAAAAGAUGUAGCCUUCGAGUUUGAUGAUAAGUGUGAGAGAGCAUUUAACAAGCUGAAGGAAUUGUUGACUUCACCCCCAAUCAUCCAACCCCCCGAUUGGAAUUUGCCAUUUGAGAUCAUGUGUGAUGCCAGUGAUCAUGCUGUUGGGGCUGUACUGGGGCAAAGAGUAGGAAAGGCGGCUCAUGUCAUCUAUUACGCAUUCCGGGCCUUGAAUGGAGCCCAGUUGAAUUAUUCCACCACUGAGAAGGAGCUUCUUGCAGUUAUUUUUGCUUUGGAAAAAUUCAGGUCAUACUUGUUAGGUGCUAAAGUGAUCGUAUUUUCUGAUCAUGCAGCAUUGAGGUACCUGAUGACCAAGAAAGAUGCAAAAUCGAGGCUCAUACGGUGGAUACUGCUCCUACAGGAAUUUGACUUGGAGAUAAUGGACAAAAAAGGCUCAGAAAAUCUAGUAGCGGACCAUUUGAGUCGCAUACUAGUUGAAGAGGAUAGCGAGCCAUUGAAGGAUGCCUUCCCUGAAGAACACUUAUUUUCCUUAAAUUCUCAGUUGCCUUGGUAUGCUGAUUUGGUCAAUUAUUUGGUAACUGGUAAUUUUCCUGCAGGUUGGCCGAAAUCGAAGAGGGAUAAAUUGAAGAGCGAUGCCAAGUAUUUUAUCUGGGAUGACCCGUACCUAUGGAAGAGGUGUGCAGAUCAAGUGAUGCGGAGAUGUGUAAUGAUAGCCCGUAAAGAUCAUAUGCCCCAAGUCCCGAUGAUUUUUGUAGAAAUUUUUGAUGUCUGGGGUAUAGAUUUCAUGGGUCCUUUUCCUACUUCAUUUGGUUUUCUGUAUAUUUUGCUGGCAGUUGAUUAUGUGUCUAAAUGGGUGGAGGCUAAUGCCACUCGAACUAAUGACUCGAAAGUGGUUGCAGAUUUUAUCAGAUCUAAUAUUUUUGUGCGAUUUGGAAUGCCAAGAGCUAUUGUCAGUGAUAGGGGAACGCACUUCUGCAACAAAAUCGUAGCUGCCUUAUUUCGCAAGUAUGGUGUACUCCACAGAGUCUCGACGUCGUAUCACCCCCAGACCAAUGGUCAAGUGGAGGUGUCGAAUCGGGAGAUAAAGUCCAUCUUGGAGAAAAUGGUGCGCCCCGAUAGAAAAGAUUGGAGUCAACGGUUGGAAGAUGCACUCUGGGCCUAUCGGACGGCAUACAAGACACCUAUAGGGAUGUCUCCCUAUAGGUUGGUAUUUGGUAAGCCGUGUCAUCUUCCAGUAGAGUUCGAGCAUAAAGCAUUUUGGGCGGUUAAGCAAUGCAAUAUGGAUAUUGAGGAGGGCGGAAUCCAAAGGAAGUUACAAUUACAGGAGUUGGAGGAGAUUCGCAAUGAAGCUUAUGAGAAUGCGGUAAUUUAUAAGGAGAAAAAUAAAAUUUUUCAUGACCAACAGAUCUCAAGGAAGACAUUCGAGUGUGGGCAAAAAGUUCUGCUAUACCACUCCAAAUUGCAGUUAUUUCCAGGUAAAUUACGUUCUCGUUGGAUUGGCCCUUUUGUUGUGACUAAUGUCUUCCAGUAUGGUGCAGUCGAGAUCCAAAGUUUGAAAGCUGAGAAGAAAUUUGUAGUGAAUGGUCAUCGUCUCAAACCGUAUUAUGAAGGGGUUCCAACUGAACGGGUGGAGGUGAUGCACUUGGAGGACCCUACUUGCUUAGUUUAA